CUGUAUUGAUUAGAAAAAUCAUUUCACUGUAUUUUGGAAACAAUUUUUGUUGUGGCGGUGAAAAACAAGUGAAAAGCUCAUUAUCAAGUGCCAAAUUAGUUGCAAUGCAUUUCAUUAAACUUUAUAAAAUAAAUAUUUCUGCAUAUAGCUUCAAAUGCAAGUAAGUAGAUGCUAGGAAGCAUCUCUAUUUACCGUGAAGGUGCUAGUGAAGGUAGUGGUGCCAGGUGGACACAACUGGAGACGUAGAUAUGCCAAGUAUAGAUCAACCACCAUACGAAUAAAAAACAAACUACUGUCUGUGGCGACGGCGCAAAUGAGGCAAUCCAUACACAAACGUCGAAAAAUAUGACAAAAAAAUUUUAAUGAAAGAAAAACAGAAAAAUUUUCAGUGAAAAUUUGUUUCUAGUGGUGGACGGAUCAAAACACGCAAUACUCAUACUUACUGCUGUGAACAUAGCUACCUACAUAUUUUAUUGCUCCAGCACUAAAUUGUUGCAAAUAUAUAUCAUCAAAUUGCUGGAAAUUAAUAUACACAUAUACAAUAUAAAUCAGCGACGUCGACAUUGAAACAUUUAAAAUCAGCAGUGCUCUGAAAAAUUAAUUGUGAAAAUCACUCAAAGUAAAUACAUAAAUUAAUUGUGUUGACUAGUUCAUUGACGUAGAGGCAUAACUAUGGCUGAGGUCCGACGUCGAAAAGGCGAGAACGAUGCCAGCGACGAUGCUGGAGAGAAAGCAGGAGAAGGUGACAAACGUAACUCAGCGGCGGACUCAUCUGAUCAUGUCGAUUCAGAGGAGGAAAAGUUGCCCGAGGAUAAAUUCGUUGAUGAGUUAUCGAAAACGCUUCCACAAGGCACUGAUAAGACACCGGAAAUUUUAGAUUCAGCCUUAAAAGAUCUACCGGAUAGAUGGAAGAAUUAUGUGAUUCGUGGCAUCUUCACUUGGAUUAUGAUAUGCGGUUUUGCACUAAUCAUAUACGGCGGCCCACUGGCGCUUAUGAUAACGACUCUGCUGGUACAAGUCAAGUGUUUCCAAGAAAUCAUUUCCAUCGGUUAUCAAGUCUAUCGCAUACAUGGUCUACCCUGGUUCCGUAGUUUGUCCUGGUAUUUCUUGCUGACAUCGAAUUACUUCUUCUAUGGCGAAAAUUUAGUGGAUUAUUUUGGCGUAGUUAUUAACCGUGUGGAAUAUUUGAAAUUCUUGGUGACCUAUCACCGUUUCCUAUCGUUUGCAUUGUAUUGCAUUGGCUUCGUCUGGUUUGUGUUGUCGCUGGUGAAAAAGUAUUAUAUGAAGCAGUUCAGCCUGUUCGCUUGGACACACGUCUCGCUGUUGAUUGUGGUCACACAGAGUUAUUUGAUCAUACAAAAUAUUUUCGAAGGUCUCAUUUGGUUCAUUGUGCCCGUAUCGAUGAUUGUAUGCAACGAUGUAAUGGCCUACAUGUUUGGCUUCUUCUUCGGUCGUACUCCACUAAUUAAAUUAAGUCCGAAGAAGACAUGGGAAGGAUUUAUUGGUGGUGGCUUUGCGACAGUCAUCUUUGGCAUCAUCUUCUCCUACAUUCUCUGCAAUUAUCAAUAUUUUGUAUGCCCAAUACUGUAUUCAGAGGAAUUGGGCCGCAUGACAAUGGCUUGCGAGCCAAGUUAUUUGUUUACGAAGCAAGAUUACAGCCUAAGUGUGUUUGGCAUCGGCAAGUCGCUUAGUAUGUAUCCAUUUGUAUGGCAUUCGGUUGCAUUGAGUUUGUUCAGCUCAAUUAUUGGACCGUUUGGCGGUUUCUUCGCUUCCGGCUUUAAGCGUGCAUUUAAAAUAAAGGACUUUGGUGAUAUGAUACCCGGUCAUGGCGGUAUUAUGGAUCGUUUCGAUUGCCAAUUCUUAAUGGCCACAUUUGUGAAUGUUUACAUUUCCAGUUUUAUAAGAACGCCAGCACCAUCCAAGAUAUUGACACAGAUCUAUAACUUGAAACCGGAGCAGCAAUUGCAAAUUUUCCAAUCACUCAAAGAAAGUCUUGGCGACUUGAUAACCAACUAGAGAUUUUGCAAAAACUAUUAAAUUUAAGCGUAUACUAUACUGACAAAACAAAAACAACAAAAACACAUAUACGAAUACUACAUAUUUGUUAAAGAAUGAUAUCAAUAAUUUAGCUAUUUGUUUAUUUGUAUUAUAAAUAUUGAAUGCGUUGUUCAUAUAUAAGUUCUUUUAACUUAAAAAAACAUAAAAACGUGUAAACAAAUCAGCGGUCGUAACUGUUAAUGCGAAUUUCAUGCAUAUGAAGUUGAAAGAAAAUGAACGUCCGCCAGACGCGCCAAUGUAGUGGGUAUUUUGUGCAGCGCUGUUUGGAAAAUUAUUUUAAAAUAAUUUUUUAACGCAGCACUGUUUGCAAACAAAAAUUUAUAAAUAUAAUUUUUAAUUUUUUUAUAAAUAUAAAUUAAAAAAAAAAAAUAUUAAACAUAUUUUUUUUAAAUAGAUACAUAUAUAUUUUUUUAAAUAUCAAUUUUUUUAUUUUUUUUUCUUUUCUUUUUUUAUAAAUAUAAAUAAAAAAAAAUUUAAUAUUUUUUUUAAUAUAUACAAUUUUUAAAUAUCUAUUUUUUUUUUAUUUUUUUUUUUAAUAAAUUUUUUUCUUUAUUUUUUUUAUAAUUUUUUUUUCCUUAAAUUUUUAAAAAUUGUUGCUUGACACCGCGACAAACUAAAGCUUCCUUUAGACUAAUAAUAAUUAAGUUCAAGAUGAAAUUAGACUAAGUGUGUGUGCUUUUGGACGUAUUUCAACACCUUAUGGUAAAUUGGCGUUUUCUCUAAAAACAGAAACAACACACGGAACAUUCAAUAAUAGUUGUUGUUUAAGUACAUUUGUAGCAUUUUAGUCAUUUACAGUUAUUAUGAAUAUAGUUAUUUUUUUUACAUGCUUUUCUUCGCCGUUAGUUGUUUGCUGCGAGAUAAGAAGAGCAUAACUCAUUUGAAGGUUAUAAAGAAAAAGAGCUGAAAAGAAAGAAUUGAGUUUACAAUUGUUUAAAGAAAAAGUGAAAAGUGAGGAAAUAUUCGUUUUAAACAACUUGUGGUUACUAAUGGUAUUAGCAUUUAAUUACUAUAUUGUUUUAAAGUUAAUUUUUUUCUUCAUUAAUUUUAUUUAAUUUUUUUGUCAUUAUUUUUUAAUUAAUUUUUUUUUUUUUAAUAUUUAUUAUUUAUUUUUUUUUUCUUUAUUAUUUUAAUUUAAUUUUUUUUAUCAUAAUUUUUUAAUUUUAAUUUUUUAGUUGAAUUCGUUUUAAUUGUUUUUUAAUUUGCAAUUUAUUAAAUUAAUUUUUUUUAAUUUCAAAUUUUUUUAUUUUAAAUUUUAUUAAAUUUAAUUUUUAUCUUUUUAUUUUUUUUUUUUAUUAAUUUUAAUUUAUUUUUUUAUCAUAAUUUUUUAAUUUUAAUAUUUUAACUAAAUUUUUUUUUUUUUUUUAAUUUUAGAUAUUUUUAUUUUUUUCUGUAAUUUUCAUUUUUUUUUUGUAUUUUAUUUUUUAAUUAUAUUUAAUUUUUAAUUAAUUUUUUUUCGUCAUUUUUUUCUUUUUCACUUUGAUUUUCUUUUUUUUUAAUUUUCAUUUUUUUUUAUAUAAAUUAAACUCUUGUAUUGAUCUUCUCAAAUUAGCUUAGUAAAAUUGAACAAAACUCCUUUGUGUGGUGAAAAACAUAACAAACCAUCGACAAAAUAUGCGUGUUUUUAAUUUUUAAGCUUAACAGUGAAAUUUAAAACAUAUGUAUAAAGAGCAUAAACAUAAAAACUAGGCUAAUUGGCUUGUUAAAAUCUAUUAAUUGAGGCAUAUGUGAGUGUCAUGUCCUCUUGUUUGGUAUACUAGGGUGUGUCCAAAAUUGUACCGUUAGCGAAAUAGUUCUAAAAAAGUGGUGAGCAUAGAAAAUAAAUUAUUUAUGUAUUACUGAAAAAUCCACUAAAGCUGGGCAUAAGCGAAUGCUGGCUUAAUGAAGCAACUGCGAGUGGUGGAUUUCGGUAAUAUUGUGGUUUGUUAAAGACAAAACUCCGCAAAAGGCCCGCAAAACAAAAUUCGAGCUGUGGAUUGAUAUUUCGCCUAACUACUACUACUUGUUUAUGCUUAAAAAAUAAAAAUAAAAAAUAAAUGAAAAAUAAAGUUUAGGUUCAUUUUACAUCUCACACUUAAAUAUAUAAAUAUGUAUGCACACAUACUUAUAUAGUACACAUACAUUUCCGCUGAUUGUUAUGUUUCAAUUUAAUAAAGAAGCUAGUGCAAUACUUAGACUAAAUCGUAUCAUACAUACAUACAUACUUAUGGUACAACCCACCACUGGGGAUGUACAAGAACAAAUGCGAUGUUGGAGUGGAAAAAAAAAUUAAGAAAAAAUUAGUUUUAGUUUUUUUAACUUUAAUAUUUUUAAUAUAAAAGAGAAUUACAGCCGUUUUUUAGUCAAUAUUAUAUUAAAUCAGUUGUUAAUAUAUACUAAUUACAUACAUACAUACAUAUAUGUAUAAAAAAGCAUACACAAAAACAUAUAAACACACAUAUAAAAUACAAAAACAAUUCAAUUGAAAUAUAAUUCUGCAUAGAACAUUUAACUUA